AAAAUAAUUAGAAACUCGUUUCUCGUAUAAUUUGCCACAAAACCUAUAUAAACAUGUAGCUGACGCCGUUUUGCAUGAUUAUUCAAUAAUCUUGUAUCAAGUGAAGAAAGAGAGAUUCUGCAACAAAACAUUUGGUUUUGGUGAUAAUGACCUCAUAUACCGACAAAGGAGAAAAACCAGAAGGUGGAAAAUUCUUAGCAUUCGAUCACAUAACAUUCUACGUUGGAAACGCUAAACAGAGUGCCAGCUACUAUUCCACUCGAUUCGGAUUCGAAGUUUACGGAUACCAAGGGCUUGAGACUGGCAACCGAGAAUUUUCCAAGUAUGUGGUGAGACAGGAUAAGAUCUAUUUCGUCUUUGUGACCGCCUAUCAACCCGAUAAUUUUGAACACGGCAACCACCUCGUUAAGCAUGGCGAUGCAGUCAAAGAUGUUGCAUUUUCCGUUGAAGAUUUGGAUAUCAUCGUUAAGAAAGCAAAACAGCGUGGAGCUGUAAUUGUCAAAGACAUUUGGAGCGAAAGUGAUGAGUUCGGGACCGUACGAUUUGCCAUUCUCCAAACGUACGGAGACACCACACACACAUUUGUCGAACGGAAGGGAUACAGUGGAAGAUUCCUUCCCGGAUACCAGGCCCCAGUAGAGAGCGACGCUUUGUUGAAAAUACUACCGCCAACCAAAUUGAACUUUAUCGAUCACUGCGUGGGCAAUCAACCAGAUCUUCAGAUGGAGGAGGCGGUUGAAUGGUACGAAAAGAAUUUACAAUUUCAUCGAUUUUGGUCGAUUGAUGAUACGCAAAUUCACACCGAAUACUCGUCAUUACGAUCGAUCGUAAUGACCAACUACGAAGAGACUGUUAAGAUGCCCAUCAAUGAACCAGCUAAUGGCAAAAAGAAGUCUCAAAUUGACGAAUAUGUCACCUACAAUGGGGGAGCAGGUGUGCAACAUAUUGCUUUGAAUACCAACGAUAUUAUAACGGCAGUCAUAAAUCUUCGUGCCAGAGGAAUGAAUUUCCUAACCGUACCUGACUCUUAUUACGAAAUGUUGCGCGAGAGAUUGUCCAGUAGUAAGGUGAAGGUGAAGGAAGACUUACAAGUACUGCAGGAUCUGCAAAUUUUAGUAGAUUUCGAUGAGAACGGUUAUCUACUGCAGAUCUUCUCGAAGAACAUGCAGGAUCGUCCGACAUUAUUUUUGGAAGUAAUUCAACGAUACAACUUUGAGGGGUUCGGUGCCGGAAACUUCAAAUCAUUGUUCGAAGCCAUCGAGUUGGAGCAAGAAAAACGUGGAAAUUUGUAGUAGCGACAAGCUACUUAACACACCAGAAUCGUUCGUCGAAUCUUCAUGUGUAUGCUAAACUUUUACAAUAAAUCGAAAUACUUUAAGAAAUAAAGCAGAAAAAUUCAUCGAUUU